UAUAGUAUUUCUUCCACAGUACAUGUAGGUUGGUUCAAGUGUCUUUCCCUUGUGCACAACCUGAACGACGGCCCGUAAUUAGGGCAAAAAGAGAACGAUGAGUGUGCACCUUUUGUACCAUGCAUGUAGGCUGGUUCAAAUGCCUUCUUUGUCUCUCUGCCAGGCAGCUACUUUCAUCUUUCCGCUUUAUUUGUUCCUCCAGGUGUCAGCUCUGUACCAUGAGUCAUUACCAAAAACACAAACGAAAAAAACAAGUUUGGUAUUUUUGAUUUGCCUUUUUUUUGGCUUUCAGUCCUUUUGAUAAUUAAUGUGUAUUUCUGCUUAGACAUGCAUGUGGAGCCCGUGGGCCCUAGUCUCCAAAUGCCGUUUUCAUGGAUGUGCACGCUAAGCAACGUGCGUCUCACUAAAAUCAAUUUGUCAAGGCUACACUAAGCAAUUAAUAUAUAGGAGUUGUACCAUGAGUCAUUACCUUAAAAAAAAACACAAAAGAAAAAAACAAGUUUGGCAAUUUUUGAUUUGCCGUUUUUUUUUUUUUUGCUUUCAGUCCUUUUUAUGUUUAAUGUGUAUUUCUGCUUAGACAUGCAUGUGCAGCUUGUGCGCCCUAGUCUCCAAAUGCCUUUUUCAUGGAUGUGCACGUGAAGCAACGUGUGUCUCACUAAAAUCAAUUUGUAAGGCUACACUAAGCAAUUACCUAGAAGUUGUAGCCGACCAACAGCUAUCUUAUGGUCUCUAACGUCUUAAUGUAGCUACAUUAUAAAAAAUGAGUCCAAAAUAGGGUAAUGCUAAACAGUUACAUAGUCCAGGACCUCAACUAGAUUCGCUAAGAUCCCUCAAAACUAAAGCAGUGAACCAUGAAAAGCAUAUCUCUAUCUUUAGUUUAUGCUCUUUGCUCUGGUUGCAAGAAACGUAUCUUUCAAAUUCAAUGACUCUUUACUCUUCUGCUACUUUGGCACUGUACAAGAAAGGAAUAAAGAAAGAGACCUGGAUGGUCUAGCUAGCUCUAUAUAUAUCAGAGCUCAAUUAAGUGUUGGCAAAGUAUGCCAUAAUAUGAUAAGAGAAACCUUGCAACGUGUACCUGUCUCCAAGGGCCCAUCUAUUCUAAGGGAAAGGCAUCAAUGAGAGGGGGAAACCACUUAGCAAUGAAAAGCUUGGUGCGGCUUGUCAAUGAGUGGGAGAUCCAACUACUGGUGCUUGUUAGCUUCACACUACAGCUCUUUCUCUUCUCUGUUGGUAGCCUCCGGCGGCGUAGCAGCAGCGUUGUAUUGACAGUAUUACUCUGGCUAUCUUAUUUGGGAGCGGACUUGGUAGCUGCUUAUGUCCUAGGCCUCAUCUCGCGACAAGAGGUUUCCACUCAUCAUCUGUCUUUUCUCUGGGCGCCCUUUCUCCUCAUACAUCUUGGCGGACAAGACACCAUCACUGCCUUUGCCAUUCAGGACAACAAUCUCUGGGUGAGGCAUUUGUUGAAUCUUGUUGUCCAAAUGUCCCUCACCCUCUAUAUCUUUUGGAAGUCAUUCGAUGGCGGCCCUAACAUGAAGCUUCUUUCCCCUAGCAUCCUUUUAUUUGUUACUGGCAUUAUCAAGUAUUGGGAGAGAACAUGGGCUUUGUGGUGUGGCAGUCUGAGAAACAUCAGGGACUCAGACCCAUGUCUCGCUCCUUCGGAAACGAGCAUUGAUACCUCUUCUGAUCCUGUUUUCUCUGCCUUGCGUUCAGAAAAGGCUAUGCGUCAUUUUUUUUCUGGCGUCAGGUGCCCCGCUGCAGCCGCUAGCCAUUGGCAUAUAGAUAGUUUACGCCCAGACCUUUCAAGCAAGUUAUUUGGGAUCAUGGAGAUUCAACUCCGCGUGAUGUUUGAUGAUAUCUAUACUAAGGCCAUGGUGCUUCGGAAGUGGCAUUGCACCAUCCUUCGGUGCAUCUCACAUCUUUCCUUUCUAGCCGCUUUUGUGCUCUUUUCUUCUGUAAUAAGAUACAAAGAGGAGAGGUGGUACUACAGUUCUGUUGACACUGCAAUCACCUAUGGAUUGUUUUUCGGCGGUUUCUCUCUUGAAGUUUCCUCAUUAUGUGUCAUCAUGAUGUCACCUUGGACCCGGGCAUGGCUGAAGGAAAAGACUCGGCAUUGCACCUUCCUUUGUUCCAUCAUCACUAAGUUGUUUAGAAGGAAAAGAUGGUCAAGCUGCAUGGGUCAGUACACCAUGUUAAACUAUUUGCUGCGGUCUGAACGGCCGUCUGCCGUCUUUGCUCCAUGGGACAUCACUUGGUGGUCAAAAAGUUCCCUGAUCGUGAUCAGAAAAUUGGUGCACGCAUUGUGGGGAGCACAGGCACCGUUGUCGAUCAGUAGGAAGGUGGACACAAGGUUCGUGAUGGUGGAUGAGCAGAUCAUGAGAUGCGUCGUCCAGAAGAUUGAUCAGUAUCUCCGCUAUGAUGGAUCAAGUAGCCCCCAGCAGCACUGGCCAAAUCUAGGUACAGUGCUACAGAAGAUAGUGCAGGAUCAUGGUCCCAAUUUUGAUCAUCUCUCCAUUAUCAAGCUCCAUUUAUACACAGAGAUACAGCUGAGUAGGUAUGUAUGCACUGACACUGCUGUGGACAAUGAUGCUGAUCUGGUCCGGAGGAUAUCACACUAUAUGGUUUAUCUUUUGGUGAAUCUCCCUGAAGUGCUGCCAAUCUACGAUAGCGGCGAAAGUGGCCGUGAUUCAAUAUUACAGCUGUAUGAAACCUUGGCGGGUAGGCAUGUUGAUGAAAGUGGCAGUGAGUCAAUAGCACAGCUCAAUGAAACCUUGGAGGGUAGGCAUGUUGAUGCCCCCCUGCAUCGGACAAUUUUGUUUCUUACAAAAAAUGAAAUUCCGGAGCCCCCGGCCGAGUGCACAGAAGCGCAGCUGUCAGAGCUCCGAGAGGCGUGGGUAGGCCUGCUCCUCCACGCCGCCAGCAAGUCGCGGCCGGAGGAGCAUGCGGCGCAGCUAGCCAGAGGGGGGGAGCUCCUUACCUUCAUCUGGCUGCUCAUGGCCCACUACGGACUUGGGGAUGUGAUGGACUGCCCCAUCGAGAUGACGGCUGAGGCACCUGUUGGUCAGCGCCGCUACGCCUUCUGACUUCCUCCCCGACGUCACGACGGCUG